CAUUCAUAAUCAAUGGACUUCUUAAAGUAUUUCAUAUUUUUUUUAAUCGUCUUUACGGCAAAUUGUGAUGGAAAUGUUUCCAUUAAAACAACAAUCAGAUCCGUUGACGUACAAAAAACAAAAGUUUGGGGACCCGGCCUCUCUCCUGAGAGAAUUGUGCUGCCCGUACGUUUUUUCUAUAUACAUGCAUUUGACUCGCAUGCAAAUCCGUUCAAUAUAUCCGUAUCUAAUGAUUUCGACGUACAAAUUCAUGGAAAUUCAUACACCGGAAAAUGUCGCGUUCAAAUUGAAAAGUUGAAUAGACGCGAUGGUAUUUAUAUUGUACGCUACAAAAUAUAUGGAACGUGCUGGAAUGUUGAAAUUCAUAUUCAGUAUAAAGAAAAACAUGUAGCAAAUUCGCCAUAUAAAAUCUCAGGAAAAGUAUUUUCGGACAAAUGUCGAUGUCCACAAAAAAUAGAACAAUGGAUUAGAACAAUGGAUUGUGAAGCUUCGUACGAGCAAAUUGAUUACGAUUUGAAGCCAUUCAAUCGAGUUAAUUUUACUGAAGUUCUCCCGAAAAUAUUGAAAACAUUUGAUAGACCAGGCAGCAUUUCGAUUUGCAAUUACAUUGUGAAAAAUAACGAAAUCUACAGAAAAUGCUAUGGCCAACAUACAGGGUUUAAAAUGUUUGUCGAUAAAUUAUUAAACGCACUCGUUCGACUUGUUGAAAUUCCAGAUUUGGAAUUUGUAGUAAAUUUGGGGGAUUGGCCAUUAGUAAAAAAGGGUGGUAUUAGUAGAACAUCCCGUCCGUUGCCAAUUUUUUCGUGGUGCGGUAGUGAUGAAAGUUUCGAUAUUGUUAUGCCAACAUAUGAUUUAAUGGAGUCAGGAUUAGAGGCAAUGUCUCGUGUUUCUGUCGAUAUUUUGUCAGUUCAAAAGUCAAAUACGGUCUGGAACGAAAAGCAACCAAUUGCAUUUUGGAGAGGAAGAGACGCACGACGCGAAAGAUUGCAUUUGAUAGAUAUCGCAAGAAAAAAUCCUGAAUUGUUCAAUGUAUCGUUGACUAAUUUUUUCUUCUUUCGCGAUGAAGAGGCCAAAUAUGGACCAAAAACGUCUCAUAUUUCGUUUUUUGAAUUUUUUAAUUUUAAAUAUCAGAUAAACAUCGAUGGAACCGUUGCAGCCUAUCGAUUUCCUUAUUUGUUAGCUGGAAAUUCGGUAGUUUUCAAACAGGAAUCACCUUUCUAUGAACAUUUUUACAAACAAUUAAGUCCAAUGUACCAUUUUAUUCCCAUAAAAAGGGACUUAUCCGAUUUGGUUGAUAAAAUUUACUGGGCACAGAAUAAUGAUAAAGCCGCAUAUCGCAUAUCGCAACAAGCUCAAAAUUUUGUAAAUAAUAAUCUCACAGCCGAUAAACUACUAUGCUAUUAUGUUACACUAUUUCAGAAAUGGAGCGAACGACUAAUAAAUCCAAUAAAAAUUCGCGGAGAUUUGGAAAAAUUAUUUAUUGAAGACGAUGAUGUAUGUGAUUGUACUGUGAAUGCUGAAACGUUACGAGACGAAUUAUAAUUUUAAAAUAAAGAAUU